GUUCAAUUUGACCCAUUUUUGUCCAUUUUAAGUCAAUUUAGUCAAACUUCCGCCAUUUCUAAGCCUCAUUAAACGUUACACAUACCAGCCAACGAAGCUUAACCAUCUCGAACAAUCAAGCUACGCGCAGCGAAACAAGCUAUCGAGGAGCUAUGCUAAGGAUUGACGACACUACUGAAACAAAGCUUCACCGUCGGACCAUGCGGCAGCUCAGAUGAGCUCAACAAAUUUCGCCCAAGCCCAGCAGCGGUUGGCUGCGCGUCGAUUGGCACGUGAACGAGACGCACAAGCUCAACUUGCUGCCACCCGUCAAGCAUCGCGAGCCUGGUCAGAGGUAACGCGUUUGCCAUAUCCAUUGAAUCGAUUCGGAGCCACGUCCCUGUCGGCAUGGGAGGUAAUAUCCUCACGCGAAGGCACGAGGCCAGCCUUUCGAGUCGGUCAAGUCGAUGCCGAGCUAUUGGACGAAGACCUCGUAGGUCAGUUGAGGGACCAGGUCGGCGAAGCGUUCAAAUACUUUGGAGGAAACAUCAAGGAUGACUGGUCGGCCGAGAUACUGCUCGCACUCCGUACCAUUCUCUUCAAACUUACGGUGUGGGAUCAUGACGCGACUUAUGGUGCUGCUUUGCAGAACCUCAAAUAUACCGAUGCAAGGCGUGAUGGACCCAUCCUGACACCCCCCACGAAGUGGCAAAAGAGCCUCUACGGCCUUAUAACCGUGGGGGGCAAGUACGGUUGGACCAAAUGGGAGAACUGGCUUCUAGAUCGAGAUAAUGGAUACGAUCAACCUUCACCAACGGUCCAACGACUUACAAAAGUCACAUCAAAGAUUACUACUCUACAUUCUAUAGCGGCCUUCGCCUCCUUUCUUGCCUUUCUACUACAUGGAAGAUACCGUACCAUAUUGGAUAGAGUACUGAGAAUGCGCCUCGCUCCACCCACCAGUCAGGUCACCCGUGAAGUUUCUUUCGAGUAUCUCAAUCGACAGCUAGUGUGGCACGCGUUUACCGAAUUCCUACUCUUUGUGUUACCUUUGGUGGGUAUUAACCGGUGGCGUAGAUGGCUCAGUCGCACAUGGAGGAAGACAAAGGAGAUCAUCAACGUUGGCACAACAGAGGGUGACGAUAGCGGCAAGCAAGGCGACUAUGCAUUCCUACCAGAGCGUACGUGUGCUAUUUGCUACCAAGACCAAAAUUCAGCUGUAUCGGAAAAUGAAGUUCUAGCUGCCGCAGCCUCGAGCGGAGUGGUAGGAUCGGCACAGACAGACAUCACUAACCCAUAUGAAACCAUCCCGUGCGGCUGCAUAUAUUGUUUUGUAUGCCUUGCAACUAGAUUGGAGCGCGAAGAAGGGGAGGGUUGGACAUGUCUUCGGUGUGGCGAAUUAGUGAAGGAAUGUAAACCAUGGAAUGGCGAUGUCCUGGAACAACAAAUCAAACCACCGGCACCAACUACAAAGCAUGUUGGGUUUAUUGACGAUCAAAAACCCUCUGUUGAUCUCCUGCAGGAGGAGGAUGAUACUCUGCGUCGGUCUGAGAAUACAACUACAGACGGGCAACCUAUAGCUGAGCCCGAAGACAGCGACUCGGAGGGAUACGAGGAAGAAGAAGCUGAAAUGAACGGUGACUUCGACGACUGAUUAUCAUUUCGUCAUCUACAUAUGGCAUCGCAAGACCAUUACCACCUUGUCAAAAUAGACAAGGGCUCGGCUCGGGACCUCCUAGCUACAAUAUUAGAGGACCGCCUAUACUCAUACCGUUGAUGGUGUACUGCAGCUAUUAAGCCACAACGCAACGUCGCGCAUUAUGAUCAACCUUGUCGUAUCAAAAAAGGGCAACUUGCUGGCGUCUAGAACCGAUUUCGCCGACCGCUAUAUUAGCCCACACCUCUCCAUUUCACCUAGCUGUCGGUCUACUUCGACGUGUUCCCUCAUGCGUUCAAUCUCCUAGAACCAGUCAAAGAAAAGAACGGUUCUGCACCCCCUUUAUUCCGACACGUGUGUGUGGCUACUUGUUGUCGUGUCUUACUUCGCAAGUCGGUCGUGAGAUAGCCUAUUGCCUGACCCCGGUUUCAGGGGUGGCGGUUGGGAGCACCAGUAAGGAUAAGCCAGGAGGUAUAAUUCAUGAAAUAUGCGGUUCAGCUCAUAAGGGCCUCCCGUCCGGCAUAAGUUCCAUCCACUACUACCUAGUGCUCGACGGUUCGGUAUCUCGGGCAGGCGCCGAGACUCCGCUAUAGCCCUACGCCUCCCAUCU